AUGGAACACAUCUCAGAUCUCCUCUGGACAGGCCCAUGGUGGAAGAACAAGGCAAACAGGAAUCCGCCAGCUAAACGUCUAUAUUGCCCUGCUCUUGAUGACCAGUGCCUCAAUGGCUACGAUGGCUCUGUCCUCAACGGCAUCCAGAUCAUGCCCGAGUGGGACAAGUACUUUGGAGAUCCCUCAGACAAGACUAGAGGUCUCAUGGUCGCAGCACAGACGUUUGGCUCGUUUAUUAUGCUCCCCUUUGCGCCUUUGCUCAGCGACGGCAUCGGCCGGCGAAAGACGCUCUCCCUCGGUUCAACAAUCAUUGGUGGAGGUGUGUUGCUACAGGCUAUGGCAACCACGGUCGCGCAUUUCGUAGCCUCGCGCGUUCUGAUUGGACUCGGGCUCUGUAUCGCGACUAAUGCGGCUCCUCUGCUUAUCACCGAGUUGUCAUAUCCGACUCAGCGAGCGCCGAUCACGGCUAUGUACAAUGGAAGCUGGUACAUCGGAAGCAUUCUCUCUGCUUGGAUUACCUAUGCUACCAUUCGCACCCUGUCCGGUUCUGUCUGGGCCUGGCGCAUCCCUUCAAUGCUCCAAGCCGUACCUUCCCUGUUCCAGGCUGUAUUUGUCUGGUUCUGCCCAGAAUCGCCCAGGUGGCUCGUCGCAAACGGUCACGAUCUCGAGGCGGUUAAAGUCCUCACAAAGUACCACGCAAACGGCCGCGAGCGCGACCCACUUGUCUAUUUCACCUAUGGCCAGAUCCGCGAGGCCCUCUCGAUGGAACGCGAAAUCUCGGCCAUGACGAGCUAUGCAACACUGUUCAAGACACCUGGGAACCGACGUCGUAUGCGCAUCGUACUCGCCAUCGGCUUUUUCUCGCAGUGGGCUGGGAACGGCCUCGUCAGCUACUAUAUUGGGGACGUCUUCAAGGGUGUUGGCGUGACAGAUCCACCGACAGUCGGCCUCAUCAACGGUUCCUUGCAGAUAUGGAACUGCGCCGUCGCCAUCACCGCCGCCAUGCUUGUCGAUAGACUCGGUCGUCGGCUGCUAUUCCUCAGUUCAAACACGGGCAUGUUGAUUACCUUUAUUGGGUGGACGCUUGCCACGGCCUUUUUCUCCACCAGGGGCGACAAGUCAGCUGCGCAUGCCGUUCUUGGCAUCAUCCCCCUUUUCUACUUUGCCUACAAUAUUGCGUAUUCGCCCAUGCUCGUCGCCUAUGCACUCGAGGUUCUCCCAUACCGGAUCCGAGCCCGUGGCUUUACAAUGAUGAACGCGACGAUUUGCAUUGGUAUCACGACAAAUCAAUUCGUAAACCCGAUCGCUAUUGGCAAGCUCGGUUGGAAACUUUACAUCGUAUACUGCUGCUUCUUGCUGUUCCAGCUCGGCUACAUCUACCUGUUCCUCGUCGAGACCAAGGGCAAGACGCUCGAAGAAACGGCCGCCAUCUUUGACGGACAGAAAGAAGUCGAGCAGGUCGCCAACGUCGGAUACCAAGCCGUAACCGAGUCACGCAUCCGCUCGUUUAAAGCCGACGACGUGGGCGACGUCGAAGGGGGAGGAAUCCCCGGUGAGGAUAUCCAGUUGACGCUAAGCAGACACAAUUCCAUGGCGCCCACCAUUGCGUCCGAGCGGUCUGUCAAGACGUCUGCCGAUACCAAUUUUUACCAGGACGCGACUGCGUCGACCAAUAGCAAGGCCUUUGGUCGAUACAGGUAA